AUGGCUCUCUUACGAAGAAGUAUUCCGGUAGAUAAUUCUUUGUGUGUUUGGUGCGAUUGCAGCGAGGAAACAAUUGAGCAUAUUCUCACAGGUGGUUGCUUUUCUACGGGUGUGUGGAAUGCAAUAACUACUUGGUGCAGGAUAUCGGGGAUUUACGCUUUUCACGUCAAAGAUUUGGUGGAUAUGCAUGAUUAUAGUGGCUUGGUCGGGAACAGAAGGAUAGUUCUUCAUGGGAUCAUUAUAAUUACUUGUUGGACGAUGUGGAGAGCUAGGAAUGAAAAACUAUUUUCGAAUAAGGAUCCUAACGUUAUCGAGAUGGUCGCGGAUAUCAAGACUUUGGGUUUUUUGUGGUAUAAGCAUAGGUUCAAACAAGGGGUGGUGGAUUGGGAAAGGUGGUGUAGAUUUGAUUUAAUGUAA